AUGCGUCUGAUUCUUACUGCCAUCAGCAAGGGCUUCUUCCCAAGAGAUGCCCGUGGGAGAACGCAUUUCAAAGGCCCCCAGCACGGAACUAGGAGAGAAGAAAGAGGCAUCAGCCUGGCAGGAGGUCACAAAGGGGGCUGUGGUGGCCCUGAGAAACCCCGGGAGGCCGGCGGGGAGGGCCCCCCACUCCCUGAACCCACCCUUCGCGUCCGCAAAGCCCAGACUGGGGGCAAGUCGGGGGCGCGUCCGGGGGUGGCCAAAGAGGCACCUCCAGGAAAGGCCAAAGACAAAGCGAAGAAAGGGAAGAAGGACAAAGGCCCCAAGGCGACCAAGCAGCCCCCAGAGGGGUCCCCCAGGCCACCCAAGGAAAAGCCGCCCAAGGAAAAGCCACCCAAGGAAAAGCCACCCAAGGCCACCAAGAAGCCCAAGGAAAAGCCACCCAAGGAAAAGCCACCCAAGGAAAAGCCGCCCAAGGCCACCAAGAAGCCCAAAGAGAAGCCACCCAAGGCCACCAAGAAGCCCAAAGAGAAGCUGCCCAAGGCCACCAAGAAGCCCCCGGCUGGGAAGAGGCCCCCCGCCCCAGCCCCCUCAGAAAGCCCCGUGUGGCCGCUGCCCCCGCUCCCCAGCCCCCGCCUCGAGGAGCUGCCCCGGGAGGGAGACGGGUCCUUCCCAAAUCCGUGGCAGGGUCCAGGAGGGGAGACUAGCGUGGAGCACCAGCCUGAGCUGGAAGAGGAAGCCGAGCAGCCCACACUGGACUACAACGACCAGAUAGAGCGGGAGGACUAUGAGGACUUUGAGUACAUCCGGCGCCAGAAGCAACACAGGCGGCCCCCCAGCAGGAGGAGGCCGGAGAGGCUCUGGCCCAAGCGCCCCGAGGAGAAGGCCGAGCCACCCAGCCGGGGGUUCGAGACCCCAGAGGAGAAAAUCGAGCCGCCUCUGAAGCCGCUGCCGCCCCCGCUGCCCCCCGACUAUGGGGACGGCUACGUGAUCCCCGACUACGGCGACAUGGACUAUUACUUCCGGCCUCCCCGGCCCCAGAAGCCUGACACUGAGGUGGAAACAGAUGAAGAGAAGGAGGAGCUGAAGAAACCCAAAAAAGAGGGCAGCAGCCCCAAGGAGGAAGAAACGGAUGACAAAUGGACUGUAGAGAAGAGCAAGGACCACAAAGGGCCCCGGAAGGGUGAGGAGGUGGAGGAGUGGGCUCCAGCAGAGAAAGUCAAGUGUCCCCCCAUUGGGAUGGAGUCGCACCGCAUCGAGGACAACCAGAUCCGGUCCUCCUCCAUACUGCGCCAUGGCCUGGGCGCACAGCGGGGCCGGCUUAACAUGCAGGCUGGUACCAAUGAGGACGACUACUUUGACGGGGCAUGGUGUGCUGAGGAUGACUCUCAGACCCAGUGGAUCGAGGUGGACACCAGAAGGACCACCAAAUUCACCGGCGUCAUCACCCAGGGCCGUGACUCCAGCAUCCAUGACGACUUUGUGACCUCCUUCUUCGUGGGCUUCAGCAACGACAGCCAGACGUGGACGAUGUACACCAAUGGCUACGAGGAAAUGACCUUCCACGGGAACGUGGACAAGGACACGCCCGUGCUGAGUGAGCUCCCGGAGCCGGUGGUGGCCCGUUUCAUUCGCAUCUACCCACUCACCUGGAAUGGCAGCCUGUGCAUGCGCCUGGAGGUGCUGGGGUGCCCCGUGUCCCCUGUCCACAGCUACUACACACAGAACGAGGUGGUGACCACCGACGACCUGGACUUCCGGCACCACAGCUACAAGGACAUGCGCCAGCUGAUGAAGGUGGUGAACGAGCAGUGCCCCACUAUCACCCGCACAUACAGCCUGGGAAAGAGCUCGCGUGGACUCAAGAUCUACGCCAUGGAGAUCUCAGACAACCCCGGGGAUCACGAGCUGGGGGAGCCCGAGUUCCGCUACACGGCUGGGAUCCACGGCAACGAGGUGCUGGGCCGAGAGCUGCUGCUGCUGCUCAUGCAGUACCUGUGCCGGGAGUACCGCGACGGGAACCCCCGCGUGCGCAGCCUGGUGCACGACACACGCAUCCACCUGGUGCCCUCGCUGAACCCUGAUGGCUACGAAGUGGCAGCGCAGAUGGGCUCAGAAUUUGGGAACUGGGCGCUGGGACUGUGGACCGAGGAGGGCUUUGACAUCUUUGAGGACUUCCCGGAUCUCAACUCAGUGCUCUGGGGAGCCGAGGAGAGGAAAUGGGUCCCCUUCCGGGUCCCCAACAAUAACCUGCCCAUCCCUGAACGUUACCUCUCUCCGGAGGCCACGGUGUCCACAGAGGUCCGGGCCAUCAUCACCUGGAUGGAGAAGAACCCCUUUGUGCUGGGGGCAAACCUCAAUGGCGGCGAGCGGCUCGUGUCCUACCCCUACGACAUGGCCCGCACGCCCAGCCAGGAGCAGCUGCUGGCCGCGGCCAUGGCGGCCGCCCGCGGAGAGGACGAGGAAGAGGUAUCAGAGGCCCAGGAGACUCCAGACCAUGCCAUCUUCCGCUGGCUGGCCAUCUCCUUCGCCUCCGCUCAUCUCACCAUGACCGAGCCCUACCGGGGAGGGUGCCAAGCACAGGACUACACUGGCGGCAUGGGCAUUGUCAACGGGGCCAAGUGGAAACCUCGAUCUGGGACCAUCAAUGACUUCAGUUACCUGCACACCAACUGCCUGGAGCUCUCCAUCUACCUGGGCUGCGACAAGUUCCCUCACGAGAGCGAGCUGCCCCGAGAGUGGGAGAACAACAAGGAAGCCCUGCUCACCUUCAUGGAGCAGGUUCACCGCGGCAUCAAGGGGGUUGUGACGGACGAGCAGGGCAUCCCUAUCGCCAAUGCCACCAUCUCCGUGAGUGGCAUAAACCACGGUGUGAAGACAGCAAGUGGUGGCGAUUACUGGCGCAUCCUGAAUCCGGGUGAGUACCGUGUGACAGCCCACGCGGAGGGCUACACCCCAAGCUCUAAGACCUGCAAUGUGGAUUACGACAUCGGGGCCACCCAGUGCAACUUCAUCUUGGCUCGCUCCAACUGGAAGCGCAUCCGGGAGAUCAUGGCCAUGAACGGGAACCGGCCCAUCCCACACAUUGACCCAUCGCGCCCCAUGACCCCCCAGCAGCGGCGUAUGCAGCGCCGCCGCCUGAUGUACCGGCUGCGCAUGCGUGAACAGAUGCGGCUCCGCCGCCUCAAUGCCACUGCAGGCCCGGCCACCACCCCCACGGCGCCCCCUACCUCCCCCACGCUGCUCCCCACCACCUCCCUUGCCCCCUCCCCCGCCCCAAGUUCCACCCUGGGGCCCUGGCACUUUCCAUCCGAGACCACAGUUGACUGGGAGCAGUCAGAGACUGAGACUUACACGGAGGUGGUGACGGAAUUUGGGACGGAAUUUGGGACAGAGCUGGGGCCCGAGGAGGAGGGGGAGGAUGAGGGGGACACGGUCACAGGCCCAGAGUUCCCCUUUACCACGGCCGAGACCUACACAGUGAACUUCGGGGACUUCUGAGAACAGGUCUGCCAACAUGCGAGCUUGCACUAGUAGUCACGUCGUCGCCUCGGCCAGCUCAGCCGCCAUCAGCACAUGGAGGGCCCCCUGGUGUGGCCCAGCCAGGGUGGGCGUGAAUGUGACCAAGAGAGAAGAGCCAGGGUCUGCGGCAGGCGCCUGCUCCGCCUGCAGGCCGCAUGGGCCACUGCAGGGCUGGGAUGGGGCAGGCUGAGCGAGCCUGGGAGCCGACUUCUCUACCACCUGCCCAGGCCACACCAAUAAACCAAGCUCAUGGCAGA